CUGUUGCGCUAUUAAAGAUUAGUUACUGAGGUCUAAUCACUUACUCUCUUUUCUAUUUUUGUGUAAAACGUAGGGUGACGAGAGAUGGAGCUUUAAAACAAAUUGAAUAUCUUAUUGAGAAAAGGUCCAACUAAAAUAGACGAGUUUAGCUUUUACUAUCGAGCUGGAGCCCUCGAUCUCUCUUCUCUUUCCUUGCCUAUUCAUAACUCAUAACUUUAAGGUUUUAGAAACGGUUGAUCUGAUCAAUCAAAUAUUUCUUUUUCCAUUUCCAAUUUUCUUUUUAUUCUAUUUACACUUUGUAUUUUCACAUUUUGGAAUGUUUUCAGUCGAACUACGUUCCUACCCUCACCUAUGGUCACGAGCUGUGGGUCGUGACCGAAAGAACGAGAUCCAGGAUACAAGCCUGCCGAAAUGAGUUUCCUCCGCAGGGUGUCCGGGUUCUCCCUUAGAGAGAGGGUGAGAAGCUCGGUCAUCCGGGAGGAUCUCAGAGUAGAGCCGCUGCUCCUCCGCAUCGAGAGGAGCCAGAUGAGGUGGCUGGGGCAUCUGAUUCGGAUGCCUCCCGGACGCCUCCCCGGUGAGGUGUGCCGGUCACGUCCCACCGGGAAGAGACCACGGGGACGACCCAGGACACGCCGGAGAGACUACGUCUUUCGGCUGACCUGCUUUCAGACCGCAUCUCAGAGGGCCGUCUUGGAACAUUUUAUCUCAUUGAAAGUGAGUAGAUGUUUCUCACUCAGUUCCUUUUUGUGAAUUUUAUUAUUUUCAUGUUUUUAUCAUUUGUUCCUUUCUGUAAUUUUACUAUUUUAUUUGUAUCGAAGCUUUGCCCUUGCCAAAUUCUGUCGAUUAAAUUACCUUUUUUCCACGCAAAGAAAAAUGUCCCUUAGCUCAGUGUCGUCAAUAUUAGCAGGUUUAAUAACAUAUUAUCAACGCAGCCAUUAAUUAUUCUCUCUCCAUUUUUGAAAGGUGAUUUCGGCUAACAUAUUUAAAAGCUACAACAGGUGCUGGCUGUCGUAUCAAGACCGUCUAAUUAAACCUAGGUCGAAUACCAAGUGCUCCAGACUAGAUGGGAGAAGGCAGCCUUAAAGAAGUGUGGUUAGAAUUGAUUGAAUAUCUACUAAAGGUUACUCUAUUAAGUAAAGCCUAACUUGAGCGGGGCCGACGCUUCAUAUUUGGCUGUGAGAACCGAGGCGAUUCUCUCUCGACACCGGCUUAAGCAAGCUCCCGUCACCAGUUACGGUUCACUGUGUAAUACGCAGGAGCUUUAACCCUUUAAACGGACAGCUGGUCAGGACUCCCUUAGUUCUAAAGAACCGGGUCGGCUGGGCUAAGUGAGAUCUGGCGCAACACCCAAAACAAGACUACGUAAAUGUUUAACGUCGCAAAAACCACCAUGCGUAGCAGACUUGUGAGUCUGAACCACCACACAGACUUCGGUGAGUCUCUUUCAAAUAUGCUCGAAAGCGAAAUUCAAUUUCGCAUUACACUUCAGCAGGGGCAUGUAUGUACAAUCAGUUGAUUCGGCUACAGCAGUAGCCAUAGAUUCUGCUUUUCGCAGGUUUCCAGAAGCUUUCCUGCAACGUCCUUCGCAAAGUAGUUCUACUCCGCGAAGAGUUGUUGUGUCUGAGAGAGGCACUUUGAUAAGAGCUUCAGUGACAAGCGGCUUAGUUUUGUUGUCAACAAUCACUUCAUCACUGGCAGCAAGCAUGCAGCUGUUUAGUUUCUGAUUCAGUAAAAGGUCUCAUAUUCAUAGGAUCAGGGUACCAAUUUAAUACUUGUUGCGUUUGGCAGGCCAAACAAAAUACAGUACUUCUCGGUCCGUUCUGUUUGCAAUUGCCCGUUUUCAACACCCGCUGUGUGUUUUCCGGCUUUAAGAGAGCCAUUUUGAAGUUUGUAGCGAAUAGCGAUAUAGUCUCAUCUUGUUAGGUGCAUUUUUGGAUGUUUGGAUGACAGUGUGAGCAGCGAUUGACAGCAAGUCCACUUGGACAAACGUCAUCAUUUUAUUGAUCGCCACAAACACGAUAUUUCAAACUAAAAUAGUCGAGUCUGGCAGGCCGUAUCCAAUUUCAAACCGGCCACUAGUUAAAUAAGCCUGGUUUAUUAUUUUAGAUGCUGUUUGAGAAAACGACAAUGAAAUAUACUGGAGUGUCGAGGAAGUUGACACUGGAAUCCCCAGCAUGCCGAGCGGCAUUGUGUAAAUACUUGCUAAGAAUGACUUGUUUGUUGUUGAUGUUAAAUGUUAAUUAUUCCCGGUAGGAGUAGUAACUUAGGCGUGUUCUUCAGGCCCGUUAAUUUGAUCAUUGUUCACGAAUUGUUGGUUGAGUUAUUCAAGCACCGUGAGUUGCCGCUGCUGCUGCGCCUCUCUGCCUUUUAUGCUUGCCACCGCAAAGAGGCAACGGAAUAAAGCUCCGACCGAUAACGGACACUAAACACGACACAGCAAUCACUUCAAAUAUGCACGAACAAUCGUGGACAGACCAAUUCUGCAAAAUAUUACCUUAGUACAGACGUGUGUGUUGCUAUUGAUUCUGGAAGGAUUCAGCUGCUAGCUCGAUCCAGUGGAGAUCAUUUCCAUUGUUGCUUUUCAGUGUAGGAAAGGGAAUAAAGUUGCCGAGCGCCUUCCAGUCGCUCAGGAUAUCGGGCUUUACUAUUACACAUGCCGUGACUGCAAUGCUUCGCCAUUAUUUAUCCUGGAAAAAACGAUUAGGAGUGCCAAACUAGUUUUAGUUUUUGGGAUACAUUCACCCCAAUUUGAUCUCAAGUGGGCUAAUAAUAAGAUAUGAGCAACGGCAAUCCCCAAAUGUUCCCACUGUUUGGGUGCAAAUAAUUACAAGUACUACAUUUGGAAAAUAUUCACAUUUAUUAUUACCUCGUUGCAAAUCAUAUGAGCAAUGAGAAAUGUCUAAACAAAAUGAGUGCAAUUUGAACAAUACUAUAAAUUUGUGUUUUCAUUUAUGCGUGCAAUUUACAGAUCACAAUGGAUCGAUAAACGAUCUUUUUUAAAACAGCUUCCUUUCCCUUUGGGCUUGUCCCUUUAGGGGUCGUCACAGCGCGUCAUCCUUUUCCAUGGCAGCCUAUCUCCUGCAUCCUCCUCUCGAACACCAACUGCCCUCAUGUCUUCCCUCACGACAUCCAUCCACCUUCUCUUUGGCCUUCCUCGAGCUCUCUUGCCUGGCAGCUCCAUCCUCAUCAUCCUUCUACCAAUAUACUCACUCUCUCUCCUCUGGACGUGUCCAAACCAUCGAAGUCUGCUCUGUCUAACUUUGUCUCCAAAACAUCCAACCUUGGCUGUGCCUCCUGAUGAGCUCAUUUGUAAUUUUAUCCAAACUGGUCACUCCGAGAGCGAACCUCAACAUCUUCAUUUCCGCCACCUCCAGCUCUGCUUCCUGUUGUCUCUUCAGCGCCACUGUCUCUAAUCCGUACAUCAUGGCUGGCCUCACCACUGUCUUAUAAACUUUCCCCUUCAUCCUAGCAGAGACUCUUCUGUCACACGAUUCACCUGACACCUUCCUCCACCCGUUCCAACCUGCUUGGACCCGUUUCUUCACUUCCUGACCACACUCACCAUUGCUCUGGACGGUUGACCCCAAGUAUUUAAAGUCCUCCACCCUUGCUAUCGCUUCUCCCUGUAGCCUCAUUCUUCCCCCACCAGCCCUCUCAUUCAUGCACAUAUAUUCUGUUUUACUUCGGCUAAUCUUCAUUCCUCUUCUUUCCAGUGCAUGCCUCCAUCUUUCUAACUGUUCCUCCAGCUGCUCCCUGCUUUCACUGCAGAUCACAAUGUCAUCUGAUUUGCAUGAUUGCAUCUGAUUUGCAUGAUUUGCAUUAAUAAAUGCCUCAAAACCAAAAAAAAAAAGAGUGAAGACGAUAUUGAAACAGCUCCAAUGAUCUUUAUUGACUAUACAUCAAAACAGAGUACAUAAAACACAAUAAAACCAGUACAUGGUCUUCUUCUGAUGCUGCAGUAUUGCAGGGCAUUACUGUCAAACAUUUAUUCUCUCUUUGUUGUGUUUCCGCAUGUGUGCGGUUAAAGUCUUCUUCUGAGCAUAGUUUCCUCCACAAACUGAACAACUAAAAGGUUUUUCUCCUGUGUGUGUCCUCAUGUGUGAUACCAGAUUUUGCUUUUGAGCGAAUGUUGUGCCGCAAACCGAGCAACUAAAGGGUUUUUCUCCUGUGUGUAUUUUCAUGUGAGAUUCCACAUGUGACUUAUGAAGGAAUGUUUUAUCGCAAAAUAAGCAACUAAAUGUUUUUUCUCCUGUGUGUAUUCUCAUGUGUUUGACCAUGUUCGGCUUUUGAGAGAACAUUUUCCCACAAAUUGAACAAGAGAAGGGUUUUUCGCCUGUGUGUGUUCUCAUGUGUGAGUCAACAUGGGUCUUUCGAGAAUAUGUUUUACCACAAAUUGAGCAACAAAAGGGGUUUUCUCCAGUGUGCGAUCUCAUGUGUGCUAUCAUAGUUUCCUUAUGAGGGAAUGCUUUACCACAAGUUGAGCAACUGAAAGGUUUUUCACCUGUGUGUAUUCUUAUGUGUGAUUCCACAUGUUCCUUUCGAGAGAACUUUUUACCACAAAAUGGGCAACUAAAGGGUUUUUCCCCUGUGUGUGUUUUCGUGUGUCUAUUAGUAUUUGUUUUUUUAUCAGAACCUUGAAAACAAACUGAGUGGGUAAUUUUCUUUGUAUGCAUUUGUGAAGUUUCCUUGUUGCCAAGAGGUGCCUCCUUUUUAGAGCAUUUUGACUGUUUGUUGUAAUUUUCACAGUCUGCGUCGCUCUUUGAAGGUUCUUGUGCGUUUGCACCGUCUGAUAGUGGAGCUAAGAGGUUGUCUGGUAGUGCUCCGCCAGAGGGGUCUCCACUUGGACUGCGAUGAUGAAGCUGUGACCACUCAAGUGGUUCAUCUGCGUCCUCUUCACUCUUUACGCAAACAACAGUCAGUGGAAACUUGCUGACGUCAGCCUCCUCGUCCUCUUCUUUAACGUGUAUAUGCUGUGGAUCACCUUCUUCCUGUUUAACGUGGGGGGAAUGUGGAUCGUCCUCUUCCUCUUUAAUGUGGAAGUGCUGUGGAUUCUCUUGCUCAAAACUGGAUCUCCUCCUCUGCGACUGAAGGGUUAUGCAUCCAGCAGACGUUCGACUCCCAUUCCAGUACGCAGUGAAAACAAAAAAGGUUGUGCUUCGAGCAGAAGUACGGACUGGUCGCAAGGACAAUGACAACCACACAAGAUUCCAUUCACCGCCACCAAAGAAUAACAUCUCGAUGUGGACAAAACGUUGCUCGAUAUUAUGCGCAAGAACAAUGGCGUCGUACGAGGAGAACGAGCAGCAACGAAAACAACUGGAAGCUAUUGGCAAGAAUCACAUCGUGUUGUACAGCCAAGGGGUCGUCACAGCGCGUCAUCCUUUUCCAUACAUCCAGCAGCUGAUUGGUCGUGAGGAAGAUCUUCCCACUCACUCUCCAGGGGGGACCUCCAGUUCGGAGCAAGAUGAUCCACAGCACCCUUGGGUGAAAGAGGAAGAGGAGGAUCCACAGUUCAGAAUCCACGUUAAAGAGGAAGAGGAGGAGGCUGACAUCAGCAAGCUGCCACUGACUGAUGUUUCUGUGGAGAGUAAAGACUACGAAGAGGAACCACAUGAGUGGUCACUGCGCCAUCUUCACAGUCCAAGUGGAGACCAUUGUGGAGGACCACCACCAGACAACCUCUUAGCUCCACUGUCAGAUACUGACGACAUACAAGAACCUUUGAGGAACAAUGCAGACUGUGAAGGUGAUGACAAACAGUUGAAAUGCUCUGAAAAGGAGACAACUCUCUGCACCAAGGAAACUUUACAAACACGUCAAACAAAAAUUACACGCUCAGUUUGUGUUAGAAAACAUGUUAUUAGACACACAAGAACACACACAGGAGAAAAGCCCUUUUGUUGCUCAUUGUGUGAUAAAACAUUCUUUCAAAAGUCACACUUUGUAUCACACAUGAGAAGACACACUGGAGAAAAACCAUUUUGCUGCUCAACUUGUGGUAAAAGAUUCACGCUAAAGGAAAACAUGGUAUCACAUAUGAGAACACACACAGGAGAAAAACCGUUUUGUUGCUCAAUUUGUGGUAAAAGAUUUACUCUAAAGCCAAACAUGAUAUCACACAUGAGAACACACACAGGAGAAAAGCCCUUUCAAUGCACUUUGUGUGAUAAAACAUUCUCUCAUAAAUCACAUCUGGCACCACACAUGAGAAUACACAUGGGAGAAAAACCCUAUGGUUGCUCAACAUGUGGUAAAAAGUUCUCUCGAAAGCUAAACAUGGAAACACACAUGAGAACACACACAGGAGAAAAACCCUUUCAUUGCUCCAUUUGUGGUAAAAGAUUCACCCGAAAGCCAAACGUGGUAAAACAUAUGACAAUACACACUGGUGAAAAACCCUAUAGUUGCUCAACUUGUGGUAAAACAUUCUCUCAUAAGCCCCACAUAGUAUCACACAUGCGAAUACACACAGGAGAAAAACCAUUUUGUUGCUCAAUUUGUGGUAAAAGAUUCGCUCUCAAGUCAAACAUGGUAAAACACAUGAGAACACACACAGGAGAAAAGCCUUUCAGUUGCUCAACUUGUGAUAAAACAUUCUCUCAUAAGCCACACAUGGUAUCACACAUGCGAACACACACAGGAGAAAAACCCUUUUGCUGCUCAAUUUGUGGUAAAACAUUCACCUCAAAUUCAAACAAGAUAAAACACAUGAGGACACACACAGGAGAAAAACAUUUCAGUUGCUCGUUGUGUGAUAAAACAUUUUCUCUCAAGUCACACAUGGUAUCGCACAUGAUAGCACACACGGGAGAGAAACUGUUCAGAUGUUCAGUUUGUGGUGGAAGCUAUGCUCAGAAAAAAAGUUUGGUUGUGCACAUGCGGACACACAACAAAGGAGAAUAAAUGUUUUAAAGUAGUUAACCCCCCCCCCCCCCCCCCAACACAGCACCAUCUGAAGCAGUAUUGUUUUCAUUGAACUUUAUUCUUCUGACUAGCUGUAAAUACAGUAAUCCCUAAUUUAUCGCGGGUCUUACGUUCCAGAAACCCCUCGCAAAUAAAUGAAAUCUGCGAAAUAGUGUCAAGUUAUUCAUUGUAUUAUAGAAAUGUAUAUCUUUCAUGUAGCUGCACGGUGGACGACUGGUUCGAGGGUCUCCCUCACAGUUCUGAGGACCGGGGUUCAAUCCCCGGCCUCGCCUGUGUGGAGUUUGCAUGUUCUCCCCGUGCCUGUGUGGGUUUUCUCCGGGCGCUCCGGCAUUGAAUAAUAUACAUGAAACCUCCAUCCAUCCAUUUUCUGAGCCGCUUAUCCUCACAAGGGUCACGGGAGUGCUGGAGCCUAUCCCAGCUAUCAUCGGGCAGGGUACACCCUAAACUGUUUGCCAGCCAAUCGCAGGCCACAUACAAACAAACAACCAUUCACACUCACAAUCACACCUACGGGCAAUUUAGAGUUGUCAAUUAACCUACCAUGCAUGUUUUUGGGAUGUGGGAGGAAACCCACGUAGACACGGGGAAAACAUGCAAACUCCACACAGGCGAGGCCAGAUUUGAACCCCAGGUCCUCAGAACUCUGGGGCAGAUGGGCUAACCACUGGCGCAGGUUUCAUAUUCUGCAAAGAAUAAUAGCCCAUUUGUCCUUAUGUAAAUCAUGGCUGCUACAUUAAAAUCUUAUAGACAAUAAUGCUAACUGUAUCAGAGAUGUGCAGGUGAGUAAAUGCACAUCAGUGACUUAAAGAAAAAAUGUCUGUGAUACACUGAAUCUGCUAUAAGUGAACCGCAAUAUAGUGAGGGAUUACUCUACUCUGUUUUGCUGUUUUCACUUUGAAGCAGGGUCACCAAAAUGUCCGGGGCACCAGGUAGCCACCUAGCUCACUAUGGUGGGACAUUGUGAUUUCCUAGGAAUUGUCUUAGGAGUGAAAGUUUGAAAAUGUAAACACAUGCAGUUUUGCAUAUUGAUAUUUAUGUGUUUAUUACCUUGAAAUCAUGAACAUGGUCUGUGUCUUCACAUAUAUGAUUAUCCUUAAUUAUUGAGAGAGUUUGCAGUUUAAAAAUUAUUAUUUU